AUGCAACUAUCCAACCUCAUCAUGGCCGUCCUUCCGGCCCUCGUCAUGGCCGACGGUUUCACCACUACGACAUACACCUCGACCAUGACCAAGACCAUGACCCUGUCCCGCGUCAAGACCGUCACCUCGACCCCGUCUGCCUCGUCGUCCACCACCCAAACUCCCUCUUCCACCCCGGCCGUCUCUCCCGCCUCGUUCUUCGAGACGCCGUCCAGCUCUGCCUCUGGCUCUGACUCUGGCUCUAGCUCCAACUCAACUGCCACGCGCACUCCAGUCGGGACCACUUCUCUCUUCACCACUGUCCCCACCGUCUCCACCACCGCGGCCACUUCCGCUUCCACCUCGACUGGCGCUCCCGACAGCGCUGCCGGCAUCCUCGACGCUUCCCGUGUCGUCGCCGCUGGUGCCUUCGGCAUGAUUGUCGUUGCCAUGAUGUAA